AUGGGAGAAGUGCAUGAAGGAAUCUGUGGAGCACAUCAGGGUGGAAGAAAAAUGUGCUGGCUAAUCAAAAGGUAUGGUUAUUUCUGGCCUACCAUGAUGAAAGACUGCAUAAAGUAUUCCAAAGGAUGUGAAGCUUGCCAAAGAUAUGGACCAAUCCAGCCAGUAGCAAACAACACUGCUAAGCUAGUCAAAUCCACCACAUCUCAAGAGAUCAUCACUUUAUUGAAGAGCAGAUUGUGCAUAGGUUUGGCAUACCAUAAUCAAUCACAACUGAUAGAGGGACUUCUUUCAUAUCCAGAGAAAUGCAAGAUAUGGCAAGUAGCCUUAAGAUCAAGUUACUCUAGUUAG